AUGGCAAGAGAAAUCGCCACUGAUUUGACAACAAAUUAUACACACCUAAAGUCGUGGUUAAUUGAAGCCUUACAUCAAAUCAGUCAACAAUAUGAGUAUGGUCAUAAUCUCAAUACUAAUGACGAUAAUAAUAAUGAUAAUAUUCAAGAUAAAACAAUACUACAGAUUAUGCUAAAUAUUACUGAGAAGUCAUCGCGUCGGGAAACUGAGGAGUGUUCAACCACUUCUAGAGAUCUUCCGUGCAAAUCUCAAUUAAAUCUCUGCUUUAAACUGUAUACUGAACAGCAACAAACAUACCAGUCAAUGUUCAUUGAAUUACAAAGGAUAAUGAAAAAGAUACUUUUACAGAAUGUUAACACUGAAUUCAAGAAUGACUUCAGGACAAUACCAGAUGAUCGUCUUGAUGAAAUUUCUGUUUACUGUCAUAAAGACUAUCGUAGUCAACUUAUAAUGCAAUAUAAACAGAUUAUACAUCUAUGGCAUAAAGUUGAUAAAGGCUUACAGUGCUUGUGUGUGCAGUUAGGACAUUCUUUGGAAACAUUUAAUACUGGCGUGAGACAUUAUGAAUUUGAACAAGAAGAAAACUGGAUCCAAUCAGAGAUGCAUAGAUUACACGAAUACAUGAUAUCAGAUAGAGCUCUGGUCCAGAGUAUUUGUAAACUAUUUCCAAGCAUAUUAGAUGAAAGUAUGUCCUUGUCAAUUACAAAUGAUGAAAGUUUAUUGAUGUCAGAGACUCCAGAUGAUUUGCUUUCUAUUUGUUACAAUUCUAUUGGUUGUGCAACUGAUACUCCGGAUGAUCGUAAUUUAGUAGAGAAAGUUUUUCAAGAAUUAGAAGAGAGAAUUGACCUAUCAAGAGAAAAGCUUAUGCAAAUUAAAGAUAAAGAGGAGAGAAUUUCAAUAUGCUUAAAGACUUAUCAAAGCAUAACUGAAUCCAUUGUGUCUGCUGAUUUGAUUAACAAUGAAAGUGGACACGAAACGUUUAUUGUUAACACUGUUCCUUUACCGUCAGCCAUUCCUUCCACGGUGGAAUCAUCACCGUCUAAUUGUACAGCCUUUGUGAAUAAUCAUCAACUAUUGAAUAACCGGAUGUAUGAUGAUAAUAAUAACAAUAGUAAUAGUAGUAAUGCUGAUACUUGUGACGACAACAAUUUCACUGAUAGUGUGACGAUUAAUCAUACAGAUAUACUUACUACAGCUGAACAACAGACAUAUUGUCAUCGUGCUGAAAUGCUCAAAAAUGCCUAUGCUAUUCUUUUACGUCGAAUGAAUCAACGCAUAAAACAGCUGGAAUAUUAUCGUGACAAAAUACUCGAGUGUACCGUCUUGACUGAUUUCGACUUCGACGAAUGGAGAAGGAAUUAUCUACAGUGGAUUGAAAGUUGUCACUAUCGUCUGGCUGAUAUAUUUCCCACUGUUACUGCCAAUAAUGAUACCAUUCAAGCUGAUCAACAGAAAUCAAAGCCUCAUUUACAUCUUUCUCCAACAUCUUCAACAUCAUUGACUCCAAGAAAAGUGUCUACUGUCUCGUCAUCCACACAGUCGACUAACAGUUCUCCAAAGCAUAGCUCACCUCCUACGCCUACUACUAAAAGCAUCAAAUCACUUGGGAAAAAAUCCAGCAGUGAAUCUUUAAAUCUCUGCAGUAAUGAUGUUGUCGUCGGUGUUGUCGCUGAUUCGAAUAAAACAUGUGCAAUUGCAAAGGGUAAACAAACCGCGAAUAUUUCAAAAUCACCUGAAUUAAAUUAUUCAGAGUUUAGUGAAGUUUUACUCCUACGACGACGACAACAACAACACCAGCAACAGCAACAACAUAGUCGACCUAAAUAUGACUGGGCAAAUCCUCUGUGUAUCAGAGCCGUAUUUAAUACCAUUGAUAAGACGAAAAAGGGCAGGAUAACACAUGAACAAAUUAUUGAAGCUCUGACUGCUAAGAAACAGCAACAACAACAGCAACAACCACAACAACAUGAACAAGCAACAAAACAACAACAUCUGCCAAAUGAUGAGUUAAUUGCACGUGCAAUAGAACAAGAAACCAGUAAAUGUAUGUGCCAAAUAAAAUUUCAAUCUAAAAAGGUUGGAACAGAUAAAUAUUGUUUUGGACCUAGUUCGAAAGUCUACUUAGUCCGUUUCCUUAACAGUACCACUAUGGUACGGGUAGGCGGUGGAUGGAUGAAGUUGAGCGAAUUCUUAGACACUCGUGAUCCAUGCAGAAUCGUCCAUAAGAGAAAUCGUCUUGGUUCUGCUGCACCCAAAGCCAAUUCAUCAUUGAACACAUCACUUAUAGGUCGCACAUCCACAACCUCUGCUUCAAAGAAAGAAAAUACUUUAGGAUUCAUUGAAGUCACUCCGAUACGAGGAAGUAAUUCUCAUGGUAAAUCGCCUACUGUUUCUAAGAAGGAAUUCCCCAUUACGUCAACUCCAUUGAUGAAUAAGGAAGUCAAAGAUGCACAAGAACAAGUACCAAGUUUAAUUGAUCAAGCUAUGAUUGAUGUCAGUGAUACCUCUUCAACAUGUGAGCAGUCUUCAAAUGAACAGGCAGCAACAACGAGAACCACGAAAGACCGAAAGAAUAAAGCAAGAAAACACUAA